CUGGAUGCAAAUGAGAAUUCUUUCAGUCUGAAGGAACAUUUCUUCAAAGACAUUCAUGUUGAUUGGCCUGGCUACAGUGAAAGAGAUAGAAAGACAUUGGAGGUGACCCUUUUUCAAAAAACAGCUCCAUCUCCAAAUGCCACCAGCACCAGCCAGUCACUGUCUCUGGGACCUUCUGAAAGAAAUACUCCACCGAGAACUGCUCAGAAACGGCCUCUGGCUUCUGCCUUUAUCCAUCCUGUGAUGACCAAGAAGCAGAGGAUUGACCAAGAGCCCCAUGGUAUCCAGUCAGCAGCUGGUGGCCACUCUCCUUCUUCCUUGGACCUGCCUUCCACAUCCUGCUCAACUUUGAACCUGGCUCCAAGUGUCAGCUCCAUUUCCACCUCCACCUGUCAGCUCCAAGAGAAAGAUAAAAUUCGGACUCCAUCUGGAAUCCCAGCGCCUGUCAGGGUGCAGCGGAAGAUUCCCAGCUCCAAAGGAGCAAAAGCAGUGGUCAGAGGAGCCCAGCAAAGCAAUUCAGGUCCUGUGCCUGAGAAGAAGAGGAUGAUGUCUGUGAGACUUGCAGACAUUGACUGGAGCGGUUGCGCUGCUGUUUACGGCCGACCCUACAGGGACAGGGUGAUUCAUUUACUUGCUCUGAGGGAUUACAAGGAGCCAGAGUUACUUGCUCGGCUGCAGAGAGAUGGAGUCAGGCAAAAGGACAAGGAUUCCCUUGGAAAAAUCCUUCAGGAGGUUGCUGACGUGAAUGCAAAGGAUAAUUCCUUCAGUCUGAAGGAACAUCUGUUUCCAGCCCUUCAGACUGAUUGGCCUGGCUACAGCAAAACCGAGAGAGCGAAUUUGAAGUUAAUACUUUCUAGAAAAGCAGCUCCAUCUCAGAACCCCACCAGCAGCAGCCAAGCAACAUCUCCAGGGCCUUCUGAGAGAGAUGCUCCAGCAAGACCUGUUCAGAAACGGCCUUGUGCUUCUGGCUUGACCAGUCCUGCGAUGAGCAAGAAGUGGAGGAUUGAGCAGUAGCUCAGUUACCUCCAGGCAGAACCUGGUGGCCACUCUUCUUCCUGGGUGCUGGCUGUGACAUCCCGUUCUACUUCCUACCUGUCUGCAAAUGUCGGCUCCAUUUCCCCUGCACCCUUUAGGUUCAAGAAAGACACAAAUUUCUGAGUUCUACCAUGACAGCACUCGUGUGUUGAAGACUACCAUGUCAAAAAAGAUGUGAAGAGAAUUCGGGAGGCUGAAGCAGUAGUGUCCCUUGGAUCUCCAUGAAGGGUAGCCCCAGCUACUCUGAGAUGAGGAGCAGAUGCCAGUACCUCCACAAAAAGCUGUCCCACAUUCAGCAAUGAGUAUCUGAAUUUGGCAAGCAGCAAGUGGAGUCCUGGCACCAGCUGUCUACUUCAGCAAGGAAACAUCUAUGAACUCGGGCUGUUUUAUUUUAAAAGAAGAUUAAGCUUUUAGGAUUCUUCAAGUUAGGAUUGAGUAGAUGAUUAUUUGUUAAAAACAUAGGAUUAGUUAGUCUAAGAUUACAGAAUUUAGUAUUGAACUUCAGCAAUAAAGAAGUUGCAUUCUUGUUAA